AUGAGAAUGGCGGCGUACUUGGCGGUGGCGCUGGUUGUGCUGAGUGUCAUCGUGGAGGCGGAGCGUUCCACCAACAGAGAGGCUCAGAGGCCCGCCCCUGCGGAGCCCAUUAGGAGGCGGGGCACUGUGAAUCAGCGGGGGCGGAAGAAGACGAUCUGGUCCUAUAAUCCCGGACACCGAUCCCUGGCCUUCCUGGUUGCAGGAGAAGUAGAAGUGGUUUCCCCUCCCCCAGUGGAUUCGGUGACCGGAGUGGAGUAUCGAUGCCUCGGAUGCUGCGGAGAGAGAGCGCUGGUUGGGGGUAAAAGCACCUCCAGCCCGAGGCCAUCGAACAGAGUCGGUCGGAUCGUCCUGCGCCCCGAUGGUUUAGCUGUGAUUGGAACGGAACCGAAUUCUGUGAAUGACCGGUGCCUGGGCUGCUGCGAGGACAAUGGAGUGACUACGAGCGGCACCACCACCACCACCACCACUACUGCCACCACCACCAAGGCCAGGAGGGUCAUGAAGAUCCCGAUAACGGGCAGGCAGCGGGCGUGGCAGGCACGGCGUGGAGCGCCCUAUGAGAACCCAAACUGGAGAUUCGAAUCUUCCAGCUCCAGUGAAGAGAUCUCCAUGGUCAGACGUCCUCCACCGCGCAGCAGAUUUCAGCCAAUCAGAAGCAGAGGCUGCGACCAUCAUGGCUGCAGAUCUCCACUUGGGUCAGUUGUGGAUGAUUCCAGCUCCAGUGAGGAGGACUGA